AUUCACUCCACUCAAAGAAGAGAAGGUAGAAGUUGCAGAAAAGACAUUUGCAUUUCGUACCGGAUACUUGUUUCCCCAAUACAAGUGCUGCAUUAAUUCGGUACAACGAAUGAAUUGACGGUAGUAGAUGUGCUCUGUCGUGACUACUCAACGAGCGUUAGGUGGCUUCUUACACCUCUGUGAAGCGUUUGACACAUUGCGAGAAAUCUCGUUUGGCAAAGGGACGAAAUAGACCUUACUACGACGUAUUGUUUACCCUCUGUGUCUCGUGUUACCAGUCAGUCGGUAAAACAUAGAUACUGUAUGUCCAAUGAGAGCAACGUUUUGAGUUCUUGUUGUUGGAAACAGUUCAAAAGGGUAGUGUCACGUCAAAAAUGGCUCGUAAACGUCAAGGUGCCGUGUGCGCCUACACAGUUUGUUAGCUGCCAUUUCGACUGAAUCGCCUUGGCAUGGCAAUUACCAUUGCAACCAGCGAUGCGUUGAGAGAAUUCGUAAGCCAAAACUGGACAUCUGCUCACUGCCCCUUGGAUUUGUGUGUGAUUUGUUGCAGGCUGACAUGGGGCAACGCACUCUUUGAUAAAAUUUAGGGACAAAGAGGGGGAAUCCUGCUGAAAGUUUGCCCAGUUGGGGUGUUUGCCCAUUUGGGGGGAAAUUGCACGCUGUAUUGGAUGUAUAUCUUGGUCCUCCAAUGACCUGCCAGUCAUCCGACUCCACGGAAACUAUCGGAAAUGAAAGGAGAUCGGAGACUGAAACCCGAGUUGCAGAGUCCGAGCAGAGCCGUAUCGCGACAGCUAUGAGGGACCUUAAAAAAACAGGGUGGUACUGGGGAAGCCUUACUGCUAACGAAGCCAAAGAAAUCCUCAAAGAUGCAUCAGAGGGCACGUUCCUGGUCCGCAACAGCUCCCAGCGAGACUAUCUGUUCACCAUCUCUGCCAUGACCUCCACUGGGCCCACCAACUUACGUAUUGAAUUCAAGGAAGGAAAGUUCAAGUUGGACUCAGUGGUGCUGGUUAAGCCGAAACUCAAGCAGUUUGACAGUGUGGUCCACCUGGUGGAGCACUACGUUCAACUGUCUCGGACUUCCUGCAAGAGCGGGUCUGCCCCUCUGGUACCACCAAACGGCACAGUGCAGCUACUCUUAACCACGCCUGUCUACACUGCCACACCCUCGCUCCAACACCUCUGCCGCAUUGCUAUAAACAAGAGCACACAGCAGGUACAGCAGCUCCCGAUUCCUAACAGACUCAAGGACUACCUUUCAGACUACACCUACCAUGUUUAAAAGACUGCAUUAUUUGGAUCAUGUGGACUACACCCACCUAAGCAAGGUGCAAGUGUGCUAUAUUUACUGUCAUGAAUUGGGUUGUAAAACUUCACCUGCGAAGAAAAAAACAGGACGUUCUAAAGAAUUACAUUUGCCAUAAGAUAUGGACUUAGAAACUUCAGAAACCGUUGCUCAAACUCAAGAGUGCAUUUUCUUUGACGCCAGGGCCUGAAGAACUAUGAAAUACAUUAAGGACCUAAAGAGUACAUUUGCCAUAUCCAUGACCUGAAGAAAUGCAGACUCUUUGUAUUCUCUGUGUGUACUGGAUGAAUGACUACAUUUGUCAUGUGCUGGACCAACUGGACUAUGCAAACUAUAUGUAAUACUCUUACUGUCUGCACCAGUGAGCUGUGUCUCAGUGUGUGGACAUAUAGAUCUAUGAAUGUGUUAAAUACAUGAAUUAUUUAGCAUUGUGUGUUUGAAACACCGGUGUCUGGCACUGUGUACACUUCUUGAUUUGAUGUUUAUUGGCUCACUGUCUUUUUUUUGUACUGUAAUCAAAGAAAAACUGCAUGGAGUCUUGAUAUUAUGGUGAAGUGAGUUCUUUCAUGAAAGGAAUCUUGAGCAAUAUUCACAUUUCAGACUUCA